CUGUCCCGUUCUGUCCCGUCCCGUCCCGUCCCCCCCGGGCCCGAGCCCGAGCCCGAGCCCGCCCCACCCCGGCCGCCGGCUCGCCCCUCCCUCACGGCGCUGGCUGCCGCGCACGGGGCUCGGAAGAUGGAGGRCUACGGGCGAUUCUUGGCGCUGCUGGCCUCAGCGCUGCUGGUCGGCUUCGUGUCCGUCRUCCUUUCCCUCGUCUGGGUCUUCCACUACCGCGAGGGGCUGAGCUGGGACGGCGGCCCGGGGGAAUUCAACUGGCACCCGGUCCUCGUCGUCACCGGCUUCGUCUUCAUCCAGGGCAUCGCUAUUAUUGUGUACAGAUUGCCCUGGACCUGGAAGUGCAGCAAACUCUUAAUGAAGUUCAUACAUGCUGGAUUAAAUACCAUAGCCAUGAUUCUUGCAAUUGUUUCUAUGGUAGCUGUGUUUGAAUUCCACAACGCCAAGAACAUUCCUAACAUGUACAGUCUGCACAGCUGGAUUGGGCUGACUGCUGUUGUAUUUUAUUCUCUCCAGCUUUUCUUGGGUUUCGCUGUCUUUCUGCUCCCUUUUGCUCCAGUUCAUCUCCGAGCAGCUCUCAUGCCAAUACAUGUUUAUUCGGGUCUCACCAUCUUUGCAACAGUGAUUGCAACAGCUCUCAUGGGAAUCACAGAAAAGCUUAUAUUUUCAUUGAAAAAUCCUGCAUACAGUGAAUCCCCACCAGAAGCAAAUUUGGUUAACUGUCUUGGUCUUUUGCUCGUCAUAUUUGGUUCACUUAUUCUGUGGAUGGCAAGCAGGCCCCAUUGGAAGCGCCCCCYAGCAGAGAACGCCAAAAUUCUGAGUCCCAUUGGAGCGACUCCUGAAGGCACAGAAGUAGAAUCCACAAUGACAAACAGUAGUAAUGCAGAUAAAUCUGAUCUGAGAAUCAAUGCAGAAGCAGCCAGAAAACAAAACAUCAAAUUUGAUGAAGCAGGACAAAGAUCAACUAUGUAAAGAAAAUACACAGAAUAAAAGUACUAAUAUAAUGCCAACUUCCCCCUGGUGAGGGYCUUCUAAUUUAGUUAUAUCGAUAUAUAAGUAGGUUGGGGGGUAAUUUUUAGUAUGGCUUAGUGAAAGAUACUUAAGUUUUCUGCAAAUGGACUUAAAUUCCUGUAAGUCRCAAACAUUAUAUUGRUUCAUGCCUCGUCCUUGUUUAAAAMAACAAGAGCAUGAAU